AUGGCUGCCGCGCUUCGUGUCGCUGCCAUGCGCCUCGGCGCCCCGGUGCGUCGCCACCUGCAGCAGCACCGCGCUGCCACCAACUUUUUGGCCCACCAGCGCAACGUGGCAACUACCACGCGUGACCAACACCCUUUGGCGGCCGCUACCAGCAUGGAUGCCUCAUCCGACUUUGCCAACAUGACUGAUGAGGCCGUGCUGCAAGCCCUGCACAACGGUGAUAUCAAGCUCCACAACCUUGAAAAGGAACUGCGUGACUGCCAUCGUGCCGUUAAUGUGCGACGUGCAUACCUCGCCGAUUGCCUCCACCUCGAAGGCAAGGGCUCGGACGACAGCCAAAUGACGUUCAAGGACCUUCCCGCCGAUACUUUUGAUUACCAAAACUUUUACGGCUCAAUCGAGGGUGCCAACUGCGAAGCCGUCAUUGGCUACCUUCCACUCCCCGUGGGCGUCGUGGGCCCCCUUGUCAUCAACGAGCAGCCCUUCCGUGUGCCCAUGGCCACCACUGAGGGUGCCCUCGUGGCCAGCACCAACCGUGGCUGCCGUGCCAUCUCCAAGGCGGGUGGUGCCAAGGCCAUUAUUGUCAAGAACGGCAUGACCCGUGCCCCCCUUCUCCGUCUGCCCAGUGCCUCGGCUGCCGCGCAAGUCCGCCUCUGGAUUGAGCAGCCCGAGAACAAGGCUGCUCUCACUGAGGCCUUUAACAGCACUACUCGCUUUGGUCGUCUUCAGUCCAUCGAUGCUUGGGUCGCUGGUCGCAACCUCUACGUGCGCUUUGCUUGCCACUGCGGUGAUGCCAUGGGCAUGAACAUGGUCACCAAGGGUUGUCACAAGGCCGUCAACCUUCUCCAGGAAAACUUCCCCGAUGCUCAGCUCAUUUCCAUGUCCGGCAACGCCUGCUCGGAUAAGAAGGCAGCUGCCAUCAACUGGGUCAGCGGCCGCGGCCGCUCCGUCGUGGCGGAGGCCCUCAUCCCCAACGACAUUGUCCGCUCUGUUCUCAAGACCACCCCCGAUGCCAUGAUCUCCGUUAACAUCAACAAGAACCUCAUCGGCUCUGCCAUUGCUGGUACUUUGGGUGGCUACAACGCGCAUGCCGCCAACAUUGUCGCGGCUGUCUUCCUGGCCACCGGCAACGAUCCCGCUCAGGUGGUUGAAUCUUCUCAGUGCCUGACCAUUCUCGAAAAGGACGGCGACGACCUUCACGUGUCGGUGACCAUGCCCGCCAUUGAGGUCGGCACGGUUGGUGGUGGUACUAGCCUGCCCGCCCAGGCUGCUGCUCUCAAGAUGCUUGGCUGCCAGGGUGCCAACCGUGAACAAACCGGUGCCAACGCCGACACUUUGGCUCACGUCGUUGCUUCCUCCGUCAUGGCCGGCGAGCUGUCUCUCAUCGCUGCCCUGGCCACGGAUGAUCUUCUCAAGGCCCACAUUGAGCUCAACCGCAAGGCACCCACUCCCAGCAACCCGGCCGAGCCCCAGAAGCGCGGUAUGCAUACCGAUGCCCGUCAGCUGCACACUGGUCCUCAGCGCCACUACGCCGCCUUUAUUGGCCAUCCCUCAGCCGGUGGCCCUGUUCAGCACGGCCAGCACGUCUCGAGCGCUCUCCAUGAUGAGCCCAGCCUGUACUUCUACCCUGGCAUGUCCCUCGAGACGAUGGACAUUCCUUGCCCUAUUGGUGUGGAGAUGGCAGCUGUCUCAGAUGAGGACCUCUAUGGUGAAGGCCCCAUGCUUGUUGUCCCCUAAGCAACUGCUUGGUCUUCCUCUGUCGCUAAUGCAUGCAUGUUCUCGCGUUUGGGUUUUCUGUCCCUCGCCUUUGUCCCUUGGCACACGCUUUCGCCCAUUUCCAAUGCAAUGGGCGUUGGCGUGAUGAGUGCGCACCGGGUGCGCUUGAGAGCCCUUUUGUACUCUUAUUUUUUGUUUUUUUUUUUCUGUCUGUGUUGACCGCGUGUCUUUUCCUGAGUUUAUGAAAGUGACCACGCGGCGCUGGGUCGAGCCCUUUUUCGUGCUUCUUUCUUUUCUUUUUGGGUGCUCAUCGAUUUCUUGACGUUCACUGUUGCCUGUUUCUUGCUGUUGAGCCUUAAUGCCCUUCUCGGUGCCUCUUUCUCUGUUUUCCGUUUUCUAAGCGAGAUACCCGUCCUCUUGAACUUCUUCCGUCGAGAGAUUCGGUUUUAAUUGAAACCUUUUCAUUCACCUCGUCUUUUAUUCCUGGGUUUCUUCUUGAAGGGAGGUUUUUCUUUCCACAUCUUUCAGACCAUUCAAGUUUUGUAAUCAUCACGCAACGCGACUCACUACGAGGUUCGUGGAGGUCGGUAUUUCAGGCCUUCGUCAGGAGAGCGAACGAGUGUUGUUGCGGUACGCCAGAACAGCUCUCCGAAGCUACGCUCCUCAUACGGAACCUUCGCGUGGACAUAAACCAAGCAACAACAAGUGAGCGAUCAAUGCUGCUCGAGCUGAAGCCUCCUGCUUUUGAGCCAUCAUUACCUUGAAUUCACGCAUGGUCUCGACGAUGACAGGUCGCACGAGGCUUUGCUUGCUCAGAUCCAGGGUUGGAAAGAGGUGGUGGCAGAUGUGGUCAUUGAAGGAGCCAGCCAGCACAAGCUUGCCCAGCAAGCCCAGAUC